AUUACCUCUUUUUUUAUAACUCAGUUUAUUUAAUUAUUAUAAAUAUUUUCCGAUUUUUCUGUAAAAUUUUUUAUGAGUAAUCCUAGAUAAUAACACAUAUAAUAAAGUAGAGCGUUUGCAAAACGACGUACAUAUGGAAUCUGAAAAAGGAAUUGAUGAGAAAACAUCACAUUCUAUCGAUUUUCUUAACUCAAUUCUUUCCAAUCCUGGAAAUAUUCUUGAUGUAAAAGAUCCAAUUCGGAGAGAUGUUGAAAUUCAAAAGGAAAUAACUAAUAAAGAAAACAAAGUUGGAAAUAAGGAACGAAGCAAAUCAAUACUUUCUGGAAAUAAUGUCUCGCGUACCAUUUUGGACUCUGAAAUUGCGUAUGAUGAAUAUGAAGAAGAUAAAGAUCUUGUACAAUGGCAAUUACCAAAGCCGAAAAAACCGUUAUCAACUCUCUCAGCACUACUACGUGAAUGGAGUGCGAAACAGCCUAAACCCUCGGGAAUUGAAACAAUGACUAUAAAAGCACGCAAGGAGUUAGAGAAAGAGCAAGAGGAAUCUGCAGCCGCUGAAGUUGAAAGAAUUAGAAUACAGAUGAUCAAAGAUAUGCAGGAAGAGAUUCGAUUAGAAAAGUACAAUACGGAGAGACAAAUAUUGCUCGACGACCAAGAGGCAGCGAUGCAAAACGUUCAAUUGGAAGAGACAUUGUUCGUGCUUCACGAUUACAAAAGUGCAUUUAUAAAAUAUUUAGCUGCUACCGAAGAAGAGGAAAAUUGGAUUAGAUAUAUGACUUGCGAUGGAUUACCAGAUCCUGGUAGUUUAUCCGAAAUGAAUACCUUUAUGUUUUUGUGGUCAAUGGAAGACGAGAAAGUUAAUAUGAAUAAAUUUAUUGCGAAAUUUAAUAUUAUCAUCUAUCUCUUAACGAAACUUAACGAAAUAAUAAGGUACUCUUUGACCAGCUCACCAGAUUACAUAACCGAAUGCAAGAUGAUUAAACAACGAUUUCGUGAUAAGCUUCAAAAAUGGAUAGACGCGGCGUGUUACUCUCUUUUACGACAGAUAGAAAGGGAUAUGAUCCGCGAGAGCCUAAAAACAGCGAGAUACACUAACAUUUCCGAUCAAAUCAGUUGCUGUAUAUGGGUCUUGAUAAAAUUGCCUAUUGGACUUAAACAGGUCACCGAAAAAGAUCGAAAACAUAUUGAAGUACAUUUCACGGAAAUUGAAUUGACUGUUAAAAUGCCUAUAGAUAUUGAUUGCUAUUGUAUGGCGAUACGAGCAUUAUGGGUAAAGUAUGAUCAUUACUCCGAUUCUUCGAUCUCGUACAUUAUGCCAAAACUACCAGAGGAAUAUGAAAGCAUGUAUACCAUAGAUUUUUUUACUUAUUGUCAAAACGAGUACAAUACAAAAUUGAAGAUACACGAAGAGCAGAUCGAAGGCCGUCGUCUUCGAAUGGAGGAAAAAAAAGCUAUUCUUGAGAGAAUGGAGAACCCGCCAGUUCCGGUGCCUACAAAACCCGAGAGGAAAGGGAAUCAGCAAAAGAAAGCAGGAGCGAAGCAUCUAGAACUAGAACAGGAGCCGGAACAAUUACCGUAUCUGCCUACACCAAAUGAAAUUAUUCUACAAAGGGAAG